AUUUCUCCAUUAUUCUUGAUUGCACGCCAGAUGUUAGUCAUGAGGAGCAAAUGACACUUAUAAUAAGAUGUGUCAAUGUGUCUACUACUCCCGUAAGAAUAGAAGAGUUUUUUAUUACAUUUGUGAAGGUAGUUGAGACAACGGGAGAGGCUCUAUUUGAAGAGCUGAAAUGUUUACUUCAGACCCAUGAGCUUGAUUUCAAUAAUGUGAGAGGACAAGGUUAUGAUAAUGGUUCAAACAUGAAAGGAGACAAUAAAGGUGUGCAAGCUAGAGUGCUAAGAGAAUAUCCUAGAGCAUUUUACACACCAUGUGGUUGUCAUUCUCUUAAUCUUUCCCUUUGUGACAUGGCAUUGAGUUGUCCACAAGCAAAAACUUUUUUUGGUGUGGUACAACGAAUUUAUAAACUAUUUUCAGGUUCAACAAAGCGGUGGGAGAUUUUCACAACCUUUGUCAAAGAUCGUGAUGGAAAAGGUCUUACUCUAAAGUCUUGGUCUGAUACGCGUUGGGAAAGUCGUAUUGCCAGUGUUAGAGCAAUCAGAUUUCAGGCACCACAAAUAAAACAAGCAUUGGAGCACUUGACGAAAACUAGCAAUGACGCUAGCACUGUGAGUGAUGCUAAGUCCUUGUCUGAAUAUGAAAUGAACUUUGAUUUUAUUGUUAGUAUGGUAAUUUGGUAUGAGGUAUUAAACAAGGUGAACAAAAUUAGCAAAAUACUUCAACAAAGAGAUAUGGAUGUUGGUGUGGCUUUAAAUCUCUUGAGAGGAUUGAUUAUAUUUUUCAAAGAAUAUAGAGAAGAAGGGUUUGAGAAAGCCAAAGUUGAAGCUGAAAAUAUUGCCAUCGAUUUGCUUGUUGAGCCUCAAUUUCGUGACAUCCGUAUUCGAACCAAAAAGAAGUUUUUUGACGAGAAAGCAGUUGAUGAGCCAAUGAAGUCUGCAGAUGAUGUGUUCAGAGGGGCAUAUUUCUUAGUAGUUGUUGAUAAUGCUAUUUCUUCAUUGGGAACUAGAUUCCAGCAAUUUCAGAAAUAUGAAGAAACUUUUGGAUUCUUGUAUAAUGUGAGUAAGCUAAAGACAAUAAGUGAUGAAGAUUUGGCUCUUUCUUGUGAUACUCUUGGGAAUUUUUUGAAGCACGGGGAUGAUUGUGAUAUUGACCCAAUUGAGCUAUUUUCAGAACUUCAAUUGUUAAGCAAGUCAUUGCCUGAAGAUAAAAAGAAAGUCAUUGAAAUGAUGGAGUACAUUAGAGAGAUGCAUAUUCCAUUUCCGCAUGCUUGGGUUGCUUACAGGAUUUUGUUAACUAUUCCCGUGACAGUUGCAUCUGCCGAAAGAAGUUUUUCAAAGUUGAAGUUGAUAAAAAACUACCUCCGUUCAACAAUGUCACAAGAAAGGUUAAGUGGGCUCGCGACAUUAUCCAUAGAAAAAAGAGUGUUAUCUACUCUUGAUUGUAGUGAUGUACUUACAAAUUUUGCACAGCAAAAGGCAAGAAGAAUAGGUUAUUAGGUAGUACUUUUAUAAUUUUAUUUAUUUCUUAGAAAAAUUUAUAUUUCCACAUCCUUUAUAUCAGUUUUAAGUCAAGUGUUCC